UAAACCCUAAACCUUGAGAGUGGAGAGGCUGUGUGCUCUAGUUAGUAAAAUGAUUCAGUGAUAUAAUCUCAUUUUAUAGCAGGAUUCUAGUUUGAGAAGAAACUAUGGAUGUGUCCGGCUCUGGUUUAACAAACACACUGAUUUUGUUUGCUUAGGCUGAACCUACUCCAUCUACCCUCACCUGCACUGGACCCUAAUCUGAGAAUUGAAAAAUAUUGAAAAAUGUCUCCGGAAUAUCAACUAAAGCUGAAAAGAUGCUCCCGGAGUGCAAACACUCUCCGGUGUCUGGACGGAUAGGAAACUGAUCAUGAUUCUGAGAAUAUUAUAGUUCUGCUAAUCUAAAAAAUAACCUGAAUCAUGAGGUUAUCCAUCCUAUUUCUUCUCUUCUCUCCUCUACUCUAUAAAGUAGAAUCUGAGACCAGAUCUAUUCAUAUAAACUGUGAAUCUGAAGAUCCCGGAUUUAAUCUUGAAUCUGCAGAUUACAGGGACCCGGAUCUUCUAGUUCUGGAUCAGUGUUCCCUGCAGGAUAUAGAGUUCUGGCUCCGGUUCUUGGAGAAGAAUUAUUCAAACUUUAUCACGCUCUGGCUGAAGGGAGUCAAGGUUUCCGAAAUGGGGUACAGGACGGAGAACCCCCAUUGCGCCGGGGCGCACAAGAAACUGGAGAAGUUAAAGAUCAGUGAAACUGAGUUUACGGAGAAGAAUAGUGAAACUUUGGAGUCUUUACUCCGAUGCAGAUCGAUCUCAACCCUAGAGGUUACUGAAAAUAUUCAUGGAUUUUUCUCUAGAAUACAGGCAUCUAAUAUUACUCUUCUAAACGCCAGUAACUCGAACAUCAAGGAGUUACAGGACGGAGUGUUCUCUGAUCUCAAGCACCUGGAGGAGCUGGACUUGUCAAGGAACAGGCUGGUUAAACUACAGGGUGGAGUAUUUAGGAACAAUCGUAGGUUGGAGAAACUUCAUCUUCAGUUCAAUACAAUUAGUUUCAUCAGUCGCCAGAGUUUUAUAGGUUUGCGUCAUUUGAAGUAUCUUGAUUUAAGCGGGAAUGAUAUUGCGUCAAUGUGGCUCCAGGUUCAGGUGUUCAACCAUCUCCACAACCUCAAGAUAUUGAACCUCAGUAGAAACCGUAUCACGGAGCUGGAGAACGGUAUUCUCCUAGAUUUGCCGAACCUGGAGAGGUUGGAUCUCUCCAGGAACGAGUUAACCCGUCUCUCCCGAGCUCCGUUCCAAAACCAGACAAGGUUGGAGUUCCUCUCUCUCUCUGAGAACUCUAUUUCUAGUAUUGAGCAGAGCUCCCUGCAGGGUCUCUCCUCCAACCUGAGAAGGUUGGAUGUUGAGAAGAAUAAGAUAAAGUUUAUCCAUGAUGAAUCCCUGGCUCAUCUGGUGGGACUGAAAACCCUGAAUUUACUGGGAAACAGACUGGACUCAGUUCCCUCCGCUGUCAAAUACCUUUCAGAUCUGACAGAGCUGAAUUUAGGUGAAAAUGAGAUAAGUGAAUUGAAUAGUGAUUUCAUGCUCCACGGAGCUAACCUGACAAUUCUUAUUCUAGAGGGAAACAAGGUUGAAAGCAUUCUUUCAAACACAUUCAACUCAACCAGGAACCUAGAGACCCUAAACCUGGCUCACAACCGGAUAUCCAACCUUCAACCGGAUGGAUUCUCUCAACUCACGGAAUUAAAGUAUUUGACCCUGGCGGAGAACCGAUUAACAGAUAUAAACGGAGUUCUCACUUCUCAUCCGUCCCUGCUCCGCCUUAACCUGUCCUACAACCAGCUCAAAUGGUUCGACAUGGCGUUCUUCCCUCGUCAGCUGGAGGAGCUGGAGAUACAAGGGAACCAGGUUGAGGAUUUAGGCAACUACUACAAGCUGGUUGAGGGGUUCAAUCUCAAGUAUCUAGAUGCUAGUAGCAACAAAAUAUCCGUCCUUGGACAGCAUACCUUCGUGGAUUCUAUUGAAGAGCUCAACCUCAGACAGAAUAACAUUUCUGAUCUUGGCUCCGGAAGCUUCGCUGGACUCAGGAACCUGGUCGCGGUUGAUCUCCGGUAUAACGCACUCCGAACCAUUCCCAGGAACAGUUUGAAGAUUAGUCCUCUUGCAGGAAGAUCUCCGUCCUUCCAGCUGUCUGGUAGUCCGCUAACCUGUGAUUGUGAAUUAGAAUGGUUAUCUACCUACAACCCAGGGCCCCUCAGCCCCCUGAUCUCAGAUUUCUCCGCCCUGGCCUGUUCUCCGCCCCUAGCUCCGGGUCCCCCAAUACCACUGGGUCUGGUACCUGAAGGAAUGUAUGUUUGUGAAUACAGAUCUCACUGCUUCUCUCUGUGUAGAUGCUGCACCUUCCUAGCUUGUGAUUGCAGGAUGAAAUGUCCUGAUCCUUGUAACUGUUAUCAUGAUCAGGCCUGGAACCUGAACAUGAUCCAGUGUGGGUCGAGGAACCUGAGCAGGGUUCUCAGAGAGAUACCCAUGGAUUCUACAAUCCUGUAUCUGGAUGAUAACCAACUGGAGAACCUAGGGACGGAAAAGUUUCUCGGGAGAAAUCGUUUGUCCAUCCUGUAUCUAAACAAUAGUGGAGUUGAGCAGAUUAAUAAUAGAACCUUUCUUGGACUCCGGGGACUAAAGGAACUACACCUGGAGAACAAUAGGAUAGAUUCUCUACCCUGGGACGCUUUCCAAGAGAGCUCUGAACUAGAGGAACUAUAUAUUCACAAUAAUCUUAUCCAGAGUAUUGGAAAUGGAACCUUCUCCGAACUUUCUAAUCUCAGAGUUCUCACUCUUCAUAGCAACCAACUCACAACUCUUAGGAUAGAACUUCAUAUAAUGAACUCUUUGCAAACAAUAACUCUGGGACGGAAUCCCUGGAUUUGUAGUUGUGAACUCUCUCUCAUGUUCUUCAAGGUUUCAGAGCUAGUGACUCACAGGGUAGGACAGACAACCUGCUCCGACAUUAACAAUUCUCAGCAAAACGUUCUUACAUUCCACUCAUCUUGUAAAGAUCUAGACGUACAGGCUGUAUCAUCAAAAUCAUCAUCAUCUCCGUUCCUCAUUCUUCUCCUCACAUCUACAACAGUGAUCAUCAUCAUCCUUGCAAUAUCUGUGUUUCUAGUCUUAAAGAGGAACUCUAUCACAAGAUGGAUUUACUCUAAAACCUCUUCACCCAAGGUAGAGGAUCACUGUCAGUAUUCUCCAAUGAUAAAACUCCCUCCUCCAGAGAGCUUAAAGCGUUCUGCACCCAGCAUAGCCGAGUACAGUGCGUAUCUACAUUACUGCCUAGCAGACGAUGAUUAUGUAAAAAAUGUUUUAUCUCCUAAACUUGAAUCUAUUGAUAGUAGAUACAGGAUCUGUUUACACCAACGGGAUUUACCAAAAUCCUGCACAGUAGGGCAGGCGAUCAGCCACGCUGUUGCGAACUCACGGUGCUUACUUAUCCUGGCCUCCCCAGCCUACUUCCUGUCUAGUAUACCCACCUACGAGCUACAGAUGAUCCUUAGCGAGGUUCUACCCAGAUACACUUCAUAUCCAGUAAUAGUUGCAGUCUCCCACUCAUCGGUUCAGGAGAUGAAGAUGAAGUUUCGACAGAUCGUUGGCUGUCAAUCUGAUACAUGGACUUAUCUUGAGGUUUCAGAUAUUCUCUUCUAUGACCGGGUUGCGAGCCUGGUAGGAGGAGGAGGAGGGGGAGUGGAGCUUAGCAGUGAUUCCUCGUCCUGUAGUACUAAAUCUACUGCUGCUAGUACACUUCCAGCCAGGGUUUCUGGACCAAGGGUGAUAUGCAAUCCUUUAGACAGGUUUACAUCAGCUCCAGGAGAGAAUAUCUACUCUACAGUAGUAGAUCCAGCUAGUGAUGAGGGAGAACCAACCUACCAAACAAUAUACUCGGACCAAACUCUCUAUAUAGACAGGAACCUGGAGCUGGUCAAACCUAAACCAUUAUCCAGGUUUAGAACUCUGCAGUAGAGAGUUGUAUACUGUAUAGAUAGAUAUAUUAUAUGUGGUUUUGCGAGUUAAUAAAGAUGUUCGAUAUUUAA